CAGCCCCCAAAGACCCGAACCCAGGCAGCCCGCAGCGUCCAAAAGGCCAGCUCACUACGAAGUCCAAACACCAGGUGCCAUUUUCCAACGGGAGUCGAAGACAUCCAAUCCGACGACAGCCGGGGGCAAAGAAGUAACACUCGGCUGAAGUUGCGCUGUACCGGACGAACGAACGACCACGACAAUCAUUAUCUGCCUCUUUCUUUUUUCUCACCACUGCAUCUUUCUGUACACCUGGCCUCGGUCAAGCUACCCUUAUUUUUUUCGACAACUACUCUACUACGCCACACACGACCACCACACUGCGAAUCUUGACAUCACCCACCGCGAUUUUCCUUCUCGGCCUGCACCUCGAUUCUUGACACACGACGCGCACACUGCUGCCGACCGGCACACCAACUCUACGAACACAGACCUGCCCAUUGGCGACAACCACAAUGCUGUUUAAGUCGACCCUGUCAGCCCUGUGGCUGGCUGCGUCUGCUUGGGCCGCCGGCCAGAAUGACGAGGGGGAUGUCAAGAGCAUAGGGUUGAGGACACACACACUCGUGCAGCCCUAUCUUGACAGUGACAUGCAAAGUCGGUGGUAUGACUUUGGAGGGGACACGAUUAUCCGUACCGACCAGUACAUCCGCCUGACCUCGGACCAUCCCUCGCAGAUGGGAUGGCUCUUUAGCAGGGUGCCAUUGACCGCCACAAACUGGGAAAUCGAGGUGGAAUUCAAGAUCCACGGCAAGGGCCAGCUCUACGGCGACGGGUUCGCCAUGUGGCUCACACGAGAGCGCGGCAAGAUGGGCCCCGUCUUUGGCGCCGCCGACAAGUUUGAGGGUCUCGGUAUCUUUUUCGACACGUACAAGAACAACCGCCCCGGCGUCGUGUUCCCCUACGUCAUGGCCAUGGUUGGCGACGGCCACACCUCGUACGACAAGGACACGGACGGAAAGAGCACCGAGUUUGCCGGCUGCUCGGCCAGGGGCAUCAGACACGCCACCGUUCCCACCAAGCUUCGCCUGACGUACUUCCAGGAUAAGUACCUCAAGCUGGAGCUGCAGUACAAGAGCGAGGGCGAGUGGACCAUGUGCUUUGAGACGAACACUCCCCCCACGAUUCCCCAGGUGGCGUACCUGGGCUUCAGCGCCGAGACGGGCGAGCUGAGCGAUAAUCACGACAUCAUUUCGAUCAAUGCGAAGAAUCUGUAUACGUCUCAGCCGAACGCGGGCAAGUCUACUCCUGGGAGCAACAAGGGGGGCAAGAAGUCUUAUGGCGGACAGGAGGGGGGUAGCAGCUGGACUUGGUUCUUUAUGAAGAUUUUCUUCUUUUUUGCGGUGCUGGGUGGUGCGUAUGUUGGGUUUACUGCGUACAGGGCCAAGAACCAGAGGAGCCACCGGUUUUAGUGGAUGGGUAGAGCAGAGCAAUUGACAUCAGCAGCCACGGAACGGCAUGGGGAAGAUGGUGAUGCAGGGAAGCUCGACCUUGAAACGGGUAUCAGAAGAAGACGAACUCAUCGGAAGGGACGGAGUGCGCUGGUGGCUCCUUUCUCAUAUUUAUCGCCGAAUUGGGUGAAGUAGGGAUAAGCCAAGAUGGUCGUGUCUACACGCGGGAUCUAAACGUGUUGCUUGGGGGUGGGCGGGAAAGGGCAAAAGCGAAUGCGGGAUGGUUGCCAUGUGUAUGGGUCAUGUCUUUGUUUUUUUUUAAUAGGGUUUCAAUGGAUGUCCAGCGAACACAGCAGUUUUUCGGUGCUGAAACCACAAGACAGUUAUGGAGGUUCUAGUCCAAGACGGGAUGCCCCUUUUCAAGACCCUCGGACUAGGUGCUCGUAUACUUAGUGCGCCGGUGAGGUCGAGCGAGUCGCUGUAGGACUUGAAUUGGGUGGGAAGGCGCAUAGGUUUCCAUGUGUAUUUCUUGACAUGUGCACUCCCUUGAGAGGAAGCAGAACUUUAAACAGGGGGUGAACUCUGUAUUCAUUUCAACUCC